GCCUUCGCUCUCUCGAGGGCUCGCGGUGGCCCUGAUCGCCGGCACACGUGACGACUUCUGCGAAGCCGAGCAGCUGCGGCAGGUUCACGGCGAGCUCCUGGACCCCUCGUUCCCGCAGCCGCCCCGACUGGAGUUGAUCGACAGCUGUGACCACUUCUUUGGAAAUCCGCAUCACCUGGCUGCUGCUGUCGAAGCUGCUGUCCAGGUGUUGGUGCGUUCUGCCGCUGUAAGCACGGGGCUGCGCACACCGCUGUGA